AUAGGAAAAAGGAAAAGGAAAAGCCAGACGGCCGAACACAAAUCCCGGCCCCGGCCGCCAGCCUCUGCCCGACACGCGGCCGCUGCAGACGAGAUGGCCACCGGAGACUCCGGCCGCGCGCCGUCGGCCGCGGCUGAGCAGUCGCUGGUGGAGUCCUUCUGCGCCGUGACCUCCGCGACCCCCGAGGAAGCCGCCUUCUUCCUCGAGAACCACAACUGGGUCCUCGAAUCUGCCGUCCGCUCCUUCUAUGACUCCGCGGACGGCGACGGCGACGCCAACGCGGCCGAUCCGGCUCCCCCGCCACCGCCCCGGGCCGCUGGAGGCGACGCGGAAUCUGAGGGCGAGGACUACGUGGGCGGCGGCGGCGACGAGGACAAGGACGACGAGGAUGCCGCCCUCGCCGCUGCGGCUGCGGCCGCGGAAGAGAGGAGGAGGCCCGUGAAGAGGCAGAAGAGGAGCCACGACGCGCGGGGCGGCAGCGGCAGCAGGUCGGGUGGUGCGAGUGGGCGCGGGAAUGUGAGGACGCUCUUCGAUCUCGGUGGUGGCAAGAGAGGCGCGGGGUCUGACGAGGACUCCGAAGAGGACGAUGAGUGGGCGCCGCCGCCCGAGUACUACACCGGCGGCGAGAAGAGCGGAAUGGUUGUUAGAGACCAAUCAAAACGUAAAAACAAUGCGGAUGAGAUAUUCAAGCAAGCUAAGAGGAAGGGGGCUAAGCAAGGCCCAUUUGAGGCUCGCCGGCGAUCUUCUAGUUCAAGCAACUUCACUGGGACUGGCAGAUUUCUGUCUGGUGAAACUGUACAGCCUGAUGCACUACAGCCACCAGAAGACAUUGUUCACAACAUCUACUUCUGGAGAAAUGGUUUCACAGUAAAUGAUGGUCCACUAAGAAGUUUUGAUGAUCCAGCAAAUGCAUCCUUUUUAGAGAGCAUCAAGAAUUCUGAAUGCCCAAUUGAGCUUGAGCCAGCUGAUGGGAAAUCUAAGGUGAAUGUGAAUCUUGUUCGGAAGGAAGAAGAAUGCCCCCAGGAGCCAGUCGAGCGUGCUGCUCCAUUUCAAGGGGAACAGACUCUUAUGGCACCUUCUGAUAAUACUUCUAAUGCUGCUGCUUCCACUGAGGCGACUGCCCCUAGGAGGGCAAUCACAGUGGAUGAUUCUUUGCCAUCAACCUCUCUCAAUAUCAGGUUUGCAGAUGGCAAUCGCAGGGUUGCACGUUUCAACACAAGCCACACGAUCGGUGAUGUGCGGUCGUUCAUUGAUGCAACAAUGCCAGAAGUCAGUGAUUACACUCUGCAGGCCGGGUUCCCCCCUAAGCCGCUCGAUGACACGAACAAGACUAUCGAUGAAGCCGGCGUGGCCAACUCGCUGAUCAUUCAGUUCAGACAGUAGUUGAGCUGGACAGGUGUUGACCCCUUCCAUCAAGCACGCUAUCCGUCUGAAGCUAGCAUCCUCCUUACUUUUUCUCUUAACUCGGUUUCUUUUCUGAAUUUUGCUUUCAACCGUCGAUGGCUUUGCUGUUCAGUAGCUACUUCAGGUGUUAAAGAGUGUAAAACAGUGAGAUUUGGGUAUCUGGUUAAAGUGUCCGUUUGUUCUUAUCUAACUCCCUAGUUGGAAUGUCGGCACUUGGGGACAACGUUGGUUGCACCAGAUGGUCAUUUAUUCCUGAUUGCGGUUAGCCGGUUACUGAUGUCUGGACGAUCGUGAUUGGCAAAUAAACAAGGGGAGUUUUUGGUC